AUGCCGAUCACGGCCCUCCCCCCGACCACCAUUCGGGCGAUUGGUGCAACAUCAGUCAUCUCUGACCCCUGCUCGGUGGUCAAAGAGCUUGUAGACAAUGCACUGGAUGCUUCGGCUACGUCGAUAUUUGUUGAUAUCUCUGCAAAUACCGUCGACCUCAUUCAGGUGAAAGACAAUGGCCAUGGCAUACCUUCCAGUGACCAUCCUGUGGUUUGUAAACGUGCCUACACGAGCAAGAUCGAAACAGUCGAGGAUCUGAGAGAAGUCGGGUCCAAACACCUCGGCUUUAGAGGCGAGGCCUUAGCCAGUAUGGCCGAAAUUUCGGGUGGAGUGACUGUUAGUACUAGGGUGGACUCAGAAUUGGUAGGAUCCAGCAUCAAAUACGGCAGAGACGGUGUACCCAUUAGCACUCAACGCGCAUCUCAUCCAGUUGGAACUUCUGUUCGGGUCGUGGACCUUUUCAAACACAUACCCGUUCGAAGACAAACCACACUCAGAAGCACAGUCAAAACCCUAGGGAGAGUCAAGAAAUUGUUACAAGCCUACGCCAUCGCUCAACCUUCGAAGAGGUUGUGUUUCAGAGUACUGAAGGCAAAAAAUGAGAAGAAUAAUUUCAUGUAUGCCCCGGGACCAGAUCCAACACUCAUGGAUGCAGCGAUCAAAAUCGUUGGCAUGGAGAUGGCUUCUGCUUGCAUCGUCAAGAAGUGGCCACCGGACGAGGUCGCAGUUCAAGAAGUACCUUCAGAGCAGAAUACUGAUUUCGUGCUGACUGCGGUUCUUCUCAACCCUGAUAAUGAUAUCGCUAAAUCAAACAACGCUGGGCAACAUAUCAGCGUGGAUGGUAGGCCAUUGUCCUCGGCCAGAGGGCUUGGCCGCGACGUCACAAAAAUCUACAAAUCAUAUAUCCGGUCGGCUUGUUCUCGCAAGGGACUUGUCCCGACGAUCACAGAUCCGGUUCUUUGCUUGCACGUCAAAAGCUUGGAAGAGCGGUACGACGUCAACAUUGAGCCAGCUAAAGAUGAUAUACUGUUUGAAGAUCGGGAGCAGUUUUUGUCCGUAUUAAAAGACUUUAUGGCGAAUGUAUAUGGAGACUAUAUGGAAAUGGAACAGAAAAAAGCUAGCCCGCCCAAGGGCAAAGAACCUAUACGAGAAGGCGGGUUUGGCCUCCUCCUUGCACAGACUAGUCCUCAACCCGUCCGACAACCUAGGAGUCCUGACGGCUACCAAUCAUCGCGAUAUACCCCUGCUCGCUCAUCCACCAAUCCAUCAUCUGGUGCCAAUACGACCAGCAGUGUAUGCCAAUCUCCCGAGCAAAGUGAAAAUAAUGUGGCCGUUGAAAGUCCUCCGGCACCAGGUUCGCACUCGAAGGAAUCGCAAUUUAUCAACCCUUGGUCAAUCACCAAAUUAAACGUGCCAGUUCGCGAAAAUGGGACCAAAGGGACUGGAAGUGCAGUGGUGACCUUAUCUUCGAACCAUGGAGCCCCUACGCAGAGAAGAUCGCAAAGGAAACAGAAUGACCACAGUCGAAAAUCGUUCCCACCAAGCCCAUCUUCGACCGACACGUCUCUUUCGAAUCCUUCCCCAAAUCCACGAAUGUCGUCGUCACGAGUUCAACAGUCGCGCCUAACAGGAUCGCCGCAAGGACAAUCCUUACGCGCCUCUAGGGACUUUGAUCGAGAACGGUACGGGAACGGUGCUCUGGAUACCAUCUUUUCCCGGACAACGCAGGUUUCGCUUUCUCAAAGCGCCGCGGAAGAAAAUCCAGAUGAUACCCAGACGGAAUCAUCCUUGAGCCGACUAGCGCGUGGUCGGUUUGGAUCCGGAGAUGCGUCGUCAUCGGGCUCGUCGGCAUCACAGGGCGCAACGCAAGAUGCCCAAUGUACCACUAGCGCAAGGUCGCACACAUCCCCAGCACCGGAAGCAGAGCCUCCACGCUCUAAUCUACUCGGAUCAUCCGCUGCACCAGCUCUAGCCACCACUGGCAAGCGACGUGAGCUUCCAGUCCUUGAAAAGUGGUCAGCUAGACUGCAUGAAUCCGCCAAACCUGACCAAAACCCAGAACUAGAAGAGGCACUGGAUUUCGAGCAUCGAAAAAGAGAAGCUAUCAAAAAACAUCGAGAGCGGAUCAGGGAUCGUGUGGAGCCAUCCACACCUUCUAGCUCACCGCACCUCAGUAGAUAUCUUGCUGCACGAGCAGCGCUUCAUUCGGAGCCCGCUACUGACGAGGGACCGAGUCGAUCUACAACCAGACCUGUCAUCAAUCCGCAUGACCCAAGGGCAUAUCUCAUGCGAUAUCAAAGUAUCCCUCGGCAAGAUGACCCAUCUAGAAACAAAAAUCUACGACGGAAGACCACCCACAAACUGCCUUUGGAGAGAAUCCCCAAUGGAUGUGACUUGCAUGAUGUUAGCUUGAUCUUACCUACUGAUCUGUCCCUUAUAUCGACGAAAUCGAACGAAGCACUUGCUUCUGACGUAUACACUAGUAAUGGUCACGAUUCUCAAGCCUUUGACGGCGAUCUUCAACCUGACUUGAUCGGGCUCUGGACCCGUCGAUUGUCAGCUUUGACCAAAACACAAUAUCGGACUGAGAACGAAUCUGAUAGUCCUAACCUGACAUUUGAUUUCUCUGCCCUGAACGAACUUGUGAACAAUAACGAUUAAUGACUAUAUAUUGAGAUAUAUCUUAUGUGCCUAUAUUUAUAUUCGACAUGAACUAGCGUUGUGCUCUGCUGCUUCAUCUUUUUGCAUGUCUACAAUCACAAGCGGUCCAUUUUUACCUUUAGUACUUACCCAAGGCUUCAUAAUACACUCACGGCCAGGCACGAAGACCCCUUGUUGGCCUGCAGCUUGUUCCGAAGGACUGGAGGAUGACAAGCUUGUACAAGCACUCAAGGAGGUCCAAGACAAGACCGGGUUGCCG